AGAAGAGCUUACAGUUCGGGGACUUGUAAAAGGCAACUUAAAGAUGGGUUGCUGUUUCAGUAAAGAACUGAACAGCAAGAAUGAGAAAAUGAGCCUGCUGCAAAAAUCUACAGAAGAGGAGUUCUCAGAAAAUGGGAUAAGUAAAACUUUAACUUCCAUUUUGGAGAACAUGGAAGGAAAGGAGCUGUAUGUAAUCCAGGAGAAAAUUUGUGGAGAAGCUGCUACUUGUAAUAAUUCCAUGGAGUCGGUUAAGUAUCCUUCAGGCCAUUGUGUGGGGAUUGCUGAAGGUGGCCACAUCACCAGUAGGUCUUUUAACGUUCAUCAGUAUAACAUGAAAAGGGCUUUGAAUAGGUAUGACAGUUUACAAGAGUGUGAACUAACGGAAGGUACAGUUGAUGGUGAAAAGCUUACAGAAAAUAGCAAUAGUGAUGUUCAAUGUGUGAAUAAUGCAGACGGCCACCAUAUUAAUAGCAAUAGUGAAACUGGAUCUACGGUUGCUGGAAAGCGAUGGUGUUCAUGUGAAAAUACUUCUACUUCAUGUGUGCCGGUGGCUUUAAGCCAAGGAAACUUCUUUCCGAAAGCUUUAAGUACAUACACUGUAAAAGACAACCUAGAUAUGGGCAAGUGCUUAUUAGCACAGGAUGAAGCUGAGACUUCUAAAAGUAAUUGCAGUGUAAUAGGUUCAAGUAGUGUAGAUAGAGAGACAGCAGCUUCAACCUUUGCGUAUCUUGAUAUUGACAGGCAUGAUAAAUGCAACAGAGAUGAAUUCUACAGUAUUUGUGUAGUUGAUGAUCUAGGAACAGAGCUAGAAGAAGGGCAAGAUAUUGUGUAUGGAGGCUGUGCUUCAGAUGUAAAAAAAUCAGCUGUUCAGGAAAUGUACAGUAUGACAUGUCCUGUAGAAAGUGGGAAACAAUUCGUAGUCCAGAAGCCAGCACAAAUACCUGUUGACUUCAGCGUCCAGAAAGAUGCAUGCUCCAGCAUAACAGAGGACAGUAUAUUUAUGCCAAAAAAUGAAAUAGAGAUAAAAAGUUCCAUUGAGUUAGUGAUUGGGGAUCAUAGGUUAAAUACUGACAGCAUUGCAGCAGAUGUUUUAAGGGCACAAGCACAUGGUGAAGAACUUACUAAAAAUAGAACUCAGGAAAUGGAUAUGCUAGACAGUAGUAGAAUCUUUGUGAAUGAAUCACUUAGUGAAAACAAUAAUUCUCCAACACCUGUGCAUUUGGAGAAAGACAUACAGUAUUCUGUGCAAUUAAAAAGCAGGAGAAACACAUGCAGUUCCACUUUCAGUAAUGAAAACAACUGUGAUGCUGAAGCAGUAAAGUCUGAGUCUAAUGAAAAUCAAAAUACUAAAGAAGAAAACAUGUCAUUGGGAAAUUCAAAGUUUUCAUCAGAAUUUGAGAAAACAGCUGGUGAUUUCCUCUUUGUAAGUGAAAAUAAUACAGAAAACCUAAGUCAAGGGAAUAGACAAGAUUUGGAAAGUCAACAAAACUUUACAGGGAACACAAAUGAAUUUUGGACAGUAUCUGCCAGUAUUGAUAAGAAAACACCUAACUUUUCUGAACAACGUAAUCUAGAGCUACUCUUGAAAUAUGAUGUUUCCCAUCUUGAAACAUUCUGCUACCAUGGAAAUCUAGCAGAAGGUCCCAUUAAAAUGCUUCCAACAUCAAACAGUGUGGCCUUUGAAGCAGAAAUAUCCCAUGUUUCAGAGUUCAGCAGUUAUGAAGGUGGCAGCUAUAUAAGGGCUGCUCGGCACAACCUGACUCAAAUAGAUAACAUACCUUCAUAUAUGAGUGGCUUGAGACGGGGAUCAUGGGGAAGCGAAAAUACAACAUUUUUUUCUGAUCCACUUAAUGUAAAUGAAUACGAGAGAAUCCAAAAUGAAAAUUGCUUGGAGGUUCAACUUCCACCCAACCUUUUAAAAAAGGAUAGUAAAACAAGUCAAUAUUCCAGUUCAUUUAAUGAAGAAAACAGCUGCUGUGUCUCUUUAGCACAUUCUGAAGCUAGUGAGAUGGAUUUGAAUGAUAAACACUGUGAGCUAUGGGAGAAAUGUACAUUCCAUAGACUGGAAGAUCAGCUGAGUGCUGGGACUGACUCCCACAACUUAAUAGCAACUGUAGAAGAGCCUGUAAAUGGGUUGAAAUGUGGCAAACAUCAUGAGAAAACCCACAGUGAAAUGGAAGCCAAGCCCAAUUCUGAAAAUGCCAUUGUUUGUGAGAGCUGUGUAUUAAAUAGCAGUAAUGUUCUAAUGCAGAAACAUAGUAAAACCUCAAAUGUGCAAAAGAGGGCUGUAAUUCUGGAAGAGGCUUUAAGUAUCCUGCAAAUUGAUAGAGCUAAUAGCCAACUUGAAAUUGAGAGACUUCCUGCAUCAGUUGAUGAGAACUAUGCUAGAAGUGUAAAAGCAGAAACUGAUUACACUGAGACAUCUACCAGAUCAAGGGGGGGGAAUUCAGGAUUCUACAAAAACAGCUCUUCACCUGAACAAAGCGUAUUGGAAACCGUAUGUCCUCUUACGCCAUUAAUUUCUGAAGUUUCAACUCCCUAUGCAGAUAGAUUAACAGAAAAUACAAAGGAGUCUGCUCCCCAAAAUUGCCAGCAUAAAUUUGAGAUCGAAUGUGCUUCUAGAACAAAUCCCAAAGACACUGUGACUUGUACAGAUGCAGGUGGGAUUUGUAUUGACCCCAGUCAGGUAGACAAAUAUGCUGCUACUCCUUCUUAUGAAAUAUCUCCUGCUUCUGUUAACGACCAAGAAUCUGACCAAGGCAGUGCAAAGCAUGUAUUGGAUCUGAUGGAAGAUAUAUUAAAGGAAUCUGAUAACACACACAAAAUGGACAUAAGAGAUUUCCAUGAUGAUCCACUUUGUCAGUCUGCUCCAUUAAGUAAGUUGUUUCCAGCUGCCAAGUUUACAGAUGAUCAGGAAUAUCUGAUGGGAUAUUUGUGGAUUAAUUCAUCUUCUAAUAAAACUACUAACUCAUGCACAACUAGUGAGACAGUCCAAAAUGAAGCUGGAGACCUGCCCAUUCCUCCUAUUGCUAUUGGAGGAUACCCUUACCAGUUGUUAGUACAACAAAGCAGUGAUAUUUGGGGAUGGCAAGAUCAAGAUGAAAUGUGUUGGAAGGUUCCAGUCUCCUCACAGCCACACCCAGUGGUGGGAGAGUGCUGGGAACUCUGGGUUCACACAGGCUCAUCCUUGUAAUGCCAAACCCUGGUGUGGGGUGGGAAUCACAUGAACACGCAGCUCAUCCUGGUAACACAAAAUCUGAUGAAAGCCACUUGAGUGUCUCCAUUUGGAGGAAAUAUGGGUGUAAAUCCCAUCAUAACUAUGAACAAAUCCU